AUGGGUGUCUCUGAAGCUAAGAAAGUUCCAACACGUUCCCGAAUCAAGUACCGACCCGAUCAGAUUGAGGCGUUGGAGGAGUCGUUUCUGACACACCAGUACCCGGAUUCUGAGAGCAUCGAACAGCUGGCCGAGAAAGUGGGCGUGUCCGCAGAAAGAGUGGCGAUAUGGUUCCAAAACAGGCGGGCUAAAUUCAAGCGAGAAUCAAAGAGCGUUCAGAUGAACUGGAUGAGGAAGCAGUUUUAUACGGGGACACCGGAACAAACUCCGACGACAGACAGGAGCUCUCAUGUCAUCUCGUGUGGUCCAGCAGAAUUUAAUGGGGAGAGCAGACUGCAACCCGAGUGUUUACCUUCCAAAAACAUCCACUAUUUGCCGAAUUUGAGGCCAAAUCUUCCUGACGACAGUAAUUCAUCUUUUUCCUCUGGAGUUUCUUCAUCACCCAGUCCUCCAACUGCCUUGGUGACAUCAUCACCACCAUACCCGUUAGCCCAUCGUCCCAGGAUGCCAGAGUAUACCUCAACAUAUCCCGCAUUUUACCCACAAUACCUUCCAGAAUACCAGCAGCCCUACUUCCGCCACUAUAAUCCUCCGCAACCCAUGCUGCCUGUUAAUCCUAUGCACAUGUCCUACACGCCGGGGUAUCAGCUGAUGACGCUCCAGUGACGUGUAUAGAGACAGUAUAUGAAAUAGUAAAGCGACUCUGUUAAAUUGCUUGAACAUUUAAUUUU